GCGAGAAAGCUUCUCAGGCUGCCUUGCCGAUCUACGCUGCAGAAAUUUGUUGGGUCAUCUACAGGAGAGACCGGAAUAACUAGCCUCAUCCGCGAACGUCUCCAAGUGGAAAGGCGUAGUUUACUCUCAGAAAAAGAGCCGUACUGCAGCCUCAUAGUUGACGAAAUGUCAAUACAGCAGAAAGUUACUUAUGAUCGACAAGUGGAUAGAAUUUUUGGGCUCGUCGAUGUACAGUGCCAGGCGCGAGAACCUGCUGUUGUGGUAGCCAACAGGCUUCUUUGCUUUGUUUUGCGUGGACUCUCAACAGUAUAUGUGAUUCCAGUAGGUUAUUUUUUUACGAGAAAUUUGAAGCACGAUAAGCUCCUUCUCCUGACGCGCAGUGUCAUCAAGGCAGUUGAAGAAAUAGGAUUUCGAAUUGUUCGCAUUGUCACUGACAACCACCAAACAAACACAGCCAUGUUCCGGAACUUGUCCGAUGACAACACACUCCAGCAUGUCGUCCCACAUCCAGAGCGCGAAGGCGAGCCUCUAUUUUUGUCAUUUGACCCCAGCCACCUGAUCAAAAACUUAAGGACGAACUUGCUGGAAAGAGAAAUGUCCGACGGUAUCGAGCCAAUCAAAGGAGGCGUUUUCCUGAAGACACUCUACAACAUCCAGAGAGAUAUGCUUGUUAAGCCAGUGCGACUGUUGAGCCGAGCUCACGUUGAACCCAGCAAUCUUGAAAAGGUGAAGGUCUGUCGCGCGACAUUGGUUUUCUCGCCUACGGUAAUCGCCAUCCUCGAGUACCUUCAAAAAAAUCCUCGAUCACAUGAGAAGGCUGUGCAAUUUCAGGAUUGUCGGUCAACUAUCACAUUCAUGAAAUAUGUUGGGUUGUGGUAUGACCUCCAUGACAUUUCUGGUUGGAAAUCGAGGGAAAGGCCAUUCGUCAAAACUGAGGAUGAUAGGUUGGCUUGGCUUGAAGUUGACUUCAUCAGUUACCUCGAAAAUGUGAGACGUGAAAGCAUGAAAGCCCGUAUGCAGUCGCUUACAAAGGAGACCUACGAGGCUACCGUAAUGACAACUAGAUCAACGGUUGCCGUCGUUGAGUACAUGCUGACCGACCUGGGCUUCAAGUACGUACUGACCCGUGGGCUCAACAGCGAUCCAGUAGAGUCUGUGUUCAGCUGCUUCCGCCAAUUCAAUGGCGGUAAUGACCGAGUUGAUGCAAGAGCAGCAGUCUUCACAGCAGAGAAGUUGCUGAAGGUCGGGAUUUUACAGGCUGCCAGCACUGGAAACGCGCCAUCAAGUUCAGAGUGCAAGACAGCGCUGAAAGGUUGGAACCACGACAGUGACCGAGAAGACCCAGCUAUACCGGAGGCAGCCUUGGCAGUGUUGUGGAAGUUGCAGCAUGUGAUGAAGCACGACGAGGUCCCUCCACACCUUGAGUUCGCACCGCUCACAUACAUGGCGGGGUACCUGGCUUUCGUCUGUGAGCAGAAGGUGGCGUGCCGUGAAUGCAAGGUGCGACUUAAAGGAAGUGCUUCGCGGGCUGGAGCGUAUCACUUCACAUUCAGUCUUGACCAAGGUGGACUGAGCUACCCGCGGCCUGAAGUCGUCUGGUUAUGCAAGCUGCUGUGUACUUUCGUCGAAUUAGCUCUGCAGUCUGCUGAAGUUUAUCGCUGUGGGAAACUGUGCCAGCUCCUCUCAUGUGCUGUGCUCCCACACCUCACGGUUUGCCCGCUCAUGUGGUGUGCAAAGUGUACGGACCAUGAUCACUGUCGAGAGCUUUGCGAGAUAUUUCUAAAAAAGUUCCUGAGACCCCUCCUGGCGAACUGGGCUGGUGACCUUACCAGCUCUUUGGACAGUGUGCUCAGGCUUUCAAGAAAGCCUCUUUCCCGCAAGGUCCUGCGUUUGUAGAGAAGACUGCAAACCUUGAACAGUAGGGUUCAAAUAAAACAAAUUUGCAUUC